UUUAAGGACACUUCGAAGCUGAAGCUCGUUGCGGAAACUUCCCGUGAUUUACAUAAGGCAGCAAAACUGGAACUGCAAGUCUCGAUGAUAAAAUGAACAAUCCGAUUCCGGAAGUGUUUUUGCUUUAAACACGAUCGAUUAAAGUAGUUUGGAGCAUAAGCCCUUCAAUCAGUUGCUCACAGUGGCACAUGAUCAUAGCCUACUAUGCCUGCCGGCGGCGGCAAAGGUCCAACCUUUGGUCCAAAAUCCUCCACCGGAGAGCCCUCUCUUCCUUCGCCUCGCCGGACCAUGAACUCGUCUCCCUCCUGCAAUCCUGCAAAAGGGUAUCCGAAGUGUCUCAGAUCCAUGGCCGCAUCCUUAAGACUGGCCUCAACGGUGACUCCUUCCUGCAGAGCAAGCUCCUCUCUUCUUCCAUUAAAGACAUUCGCUAUGCGGUUUCGAUCUUCGACCGGAUACGGGACCCGAGCCUCUUCAUGUACAACACCAUCAUCAGAGGCUACUCGAUCAGCCCUGCACCAUCGCGGGGAUUGCUCAUUUUCAAUAACUUGAGGGCGAGAGGGAUCCCGCUGGACCAGUUCUCGUUCAUCACCGUGCUCAAGUGUUGUCACCAUGCGGUGGGGAUUGGGCUUGGUUUAGGGGUCCACGGGGUUGCGCUGAGAUCGGGGCACGGGUUCUUCGUGGACGUGAAGAACGCCCUCCUGCAUUUCUACGGUGCUUGUGGGAGAAUCGGAUGUGCCCACGCGCUAUUCGAUGAAAUUCCCGAAAGGAACGACGUCGUAUCUUGGAACACGCUGAUGAGUGCCUAUCUGAAUGCUUCUCGGCCCGAUGCGGUUUUUGAGCUGUUCGGGCAAAUGGGUUGGAGCGGUUUGAAGUUCAGUGCUUCGACAUUGCUUUGUGCUCUGAGGGCAGUGGGUGAUCUGCAGAAUCUGAUCGGCAUGGAGUCCCUUCAUGGGCAUUGUAUCAAAACCGGCCUCUCAGUGCCACCAAAUGUGGCUUCUGCUCUGAUCGAUUCGUAUGCAAGAGUGGGGAGUAUUUACUCGGGUCGUCGUGUUUUCGAUGAGAUAACUACAAGGGAUGUCGCCCUGUGGAACUGUCUGAUUCACUGGCAUGCAAAACUCGGCAUGCUAGAAGAGUCGGUGUCUUUGCUUCACUUGAUGGACCUCGAGCAUGUUGCUUUGAGUUCAUCUACAGUAGCAGGAUUACUCUCCUCGUGUGCUGCUUCAGGAGCUUUGAGAAUCGGCCGAAGAAUCCACGAUUAUCUGGAAAAGCAUGGAUCAUUGCUGACGGACACAAUAACGGGGACAGCUUUAGUUGAUAUGUAUGCUAAAUGCGGGAUUUUAGAUGAGGCGAUCAAAGUAUUUGACGGGAUCAGGGACAAGGAUGUUUGGUCUUGGACUGCUAUGAUCUUGGCUUAUGGGAAUCACGGGCGGGCAAGAGAUGCCAUCGAACUUUUCUUUAGAAUGGAGGAAGAAGGGUUUAAGCCAAACGAGGUCACUCUCUUGGCAGUCCUAAGUGCUUGCAGCCAUGGGGGACUAGUCAUGGAGGCUUUAAGCUGCUUCCACAAGAUGGUCUCUAUGUAUGGGUUGUCACCAAAGGUCGAGCACUAUGGCUGUCUGAUCGAUCUUCUGGGCCGAGCUGGGAUGCUCAUGGAAGCGUACCAUCUGAUCGAAGGCCUGCCAAUUAAGGCGGAUUCUACCGCGUGGCGGGCUCUGCUUGCAGCGUGUAGGGUCCACGGAAAUGUGGAGUUGGGAGAACAAACAAAGCAAAUAUUGAUCGAAAGAUUUGAAGAGCACCCCACAGAUUCGAUUCUUCUUUCGGGUACUUACGCAGUUGCUGGGAGAUUGGCCAGUGAUAGCAUAAUGGAGGCGGUGGCAGAGGAGAAACCGAACAAGGAAGCCGGGUGGAGCUCAAUAGAUCUGGAAUUUUCGGGGAAAUACAGUAGCUUUUGUUGAUAUACAUUCUUUCUGGUAUUAAAGAUUAGAUUUCAUCGAACAAUCUUUACUAAAAUAGGGAUGGAUUUCGUUCCUGUC